GCGAUGUGUGCCGGAUGCCGUGAUUGGUCAGUUUGUAUCCGGAGUCCGGGCUUCGCCUGAGUAUGCACUCACUGAGGCAGUUUUGGCUGAGGAGUGAUGCAGUCCCUCGUGUCCUUCUGUGCCCACAAGGUGGUAUCCGAUCAUGCGUCCGUCAGACAUUCCAUGGACUUUAUCCCCAAAGAGCUGUACCCAGUCUUAUUUAGAGCCGCCUUCCUUGAUAAGAAGACCCUUGUUCUUCAGGACUUAGUUCACCGGUGGCCGUUUUCUGUCCUCAGUUUCCAAAAGCUCCUGCAGUGUGACAGACAUAAUCCUACCUUGCUCCGGGACAAACCAAGCAAGCUGUGCGUGCAGACGGUCAUACUCGGGGUGAUGGCAUAUCUGAGUGAAGCCCUGGCCAAAGAGAAUGGGGGAAGUAACUCAGGAAUGCGCCAGCUGCAGCUUCUGGAUAUGACAGGGAUGCAGGACGAUGGUCUGGAGCGGGAGCCGGAUAGUAUGAGUUUGUGGUCCAGCACAGUGGCAUUAUCCAAAGCUUGCAUUGACAUUUCCCGACGGCACAGUGAAGAUGUUCUCCGAAUUACAAAACGCAGGAAAGGUUCACGAGACGCGACAUUUACCCCUCGUCCGCUGGUUAGCUCUGUGUUUGUGGAAGUGAGAGUGGAUCUCUUUGUAAAUAGCACUUCCUAUGGUGUCCUACGGGAGGCGCUCCUUAUAAGCUCGCGCAGCCCUCUGCGUUUGCAAUGCAGGGAUCUCCGGGCUGAAGAGCUUUCUCUCCAGAGCACUGCUGGACUUCUAGAACUUCUAAACCCUGCUGGUGUCAGGAAGAUAGAUUUGAGAUUCAACAAUCUGGGACUCCCUGGCCUUAAUGUCCUCCUCCCGCUCAUGACUAAAUUCACUUGGCUGAAGAGCCUUAAACUGCCAUACAGUAACAUCGACAUAAAGCGUCUCUCUCCAGAGAUGGAGGAGGGGCUUCAGACCUUUACCUCUCAGAUUGGCCAGCUCCGUGCACUCCAAGAAUUAAAUCUUGGUUCGUCACGGCUCUCAGGACGCCUGAGACAGCUGCUUGGGGGUUUGCAGACACCUCUAGAGAGUUUGGAGCUGGCUUUCUGUUACCUUCUACCCAUGGACCUGUACUAUCUCUCCAAAAGUGUCCAUGUUUUUACUCUGAAGAAGAUAGACCUCAGUGGGAACAACUUAUCUGAGAUUCUCCUUCAGCCCUUCCUACAGCUUCUCACCGAGGUCUCCCCUACUCUCAUGCAUUUGGACAUUAUGGAAUGCAGGCUGGCUGACGCACAUCUCUCCAUUAUCAUGCCAGCACUGUGCCGUUGCUUGGGCCUCAGAUACAUAGGUUUCGCCAGCAAUCCAGUGUCAUCUCAGGGACUUAAAACUUUCUUACAGAACUCUGUGCGACUGCCUGAAUUGCAGCAGGUGGUCUAUCCAUUUCCGGUAGAUUGUUUCAGUGACGAUAUCCCCUCCACUAGGUGUACAUUUGCCAAAAUACUUUAUGACGAAGAGAAAGUUAAACAAGUUGCAAUAGCACUGCAAGAGAUGCUGGUCAGGGCUCAACGGUCAGACAUUGUAUGGACCACUGAUAUGUACCAAGAGACAUUCAUGGACUAUUUAAACUAGUAAUCUGGGAAUCCUUUCAACCAGCAGCCAGGGAUUUUCAAGUCUGACACUUUAAAUUAAAAGUACAAUAUGCCUUUUCACCUUUUGUAAAAUAUUCUCAAGAAGUGAGUGUGGCCAGAAAAAUACAUUUUGAAGAAUUAUCCAGAAGUGAAACGGUUACGUCUUAUACUCUUUAACCCUCACAGUGUUGAGUGAGUAAAUUAUGUAAAUUAAAAGGAUUAAAAAAUAGAAUUAUCA